CGUGCUUUUGAUUGGCUGGUUUGGACAGCACCACAUGCCAUUCUCAGGUUCGUCGUCGAUUAUAUACAUACACUUUUGUUCGGCACUAUUACAACACCAAAGCCUGAAAUCUUGCAUUUCCAGGACCAUUAAAUUGGACUGCGCGUACAUGGUCGAAUAACUCCCAGGCACUCCGCUUUGCGAAUCAACAAGCCGUGUUAAUAAUUUCAACCCAUUUGCUACCUGAAUCGAACCAACUACAUGAUGGAGUCAAACACCAAAGUUGCCCUGGUAGUCGGGGCCUCCAGAGGCAUCGGCCGCCAAGUCGCACUUGACCUAGCCAGGAAUAAGUAUAAGGUCAUCGUGGCUGCCAAAUCUAUGAGUGAUGCAAGCAAGGUCGUGCCAUUCCCACCAAAUCCAAAAUCACCAGAAUCGACUAUCAAUACGGUAGAAAGAGAAAUCAGAGCUGCUGGUGGUGAUGCGACGGCGAUUCAGGUCGACACCAGGGAUGUCGAAUCCGUGCAAAGACUGGUGAAGCAGACUAUUGAGAUAUAUGGUCGAAUAGACGUCCUGAUCUACAACUCUGGUGCCAUCUGGUGGGCUUCUGUUGCGGACACUCCGAUAAAGAGGUUCCAGUUGAUGCAGCGUGUCAACCCAGAGGGACUCUAUGCCACAAUCCAAGCAGCACUGCCGCAUAUGACCAAGCAGGGUCAAGGUAGGAUCUUAGUGGUGAGCCCUCCGAUAUACAGUCGGUUUUUCCGAGGGAAGACAGCAUACGCAAUGGGCAAGGUUGCCAUGUCCAUUUUGACCAAGGGCCUGGCAAUGGACUUUGAACGACAAGGCCUGGAUGACAUGGCUAUCACAAGCCUAUGGCCAGCUGUGGCCAUAGAAUCGGCAGCCACUGAGUCGUUUACCAGGGAUAACCCCGACGAGGCCAGGGACUUGAGGAAGCCGACGAUUUUCUCCGAUGCCAUUCUUGAAAUUCUCAGAGCACCUGCCAAGGUGGUUAACGGUAUGCUGGCGCUCGAUGAGGACUUUUUGAGAGAUCAUGCCGGCGUCACGGACUUUUCCGCGUAUUCGGUCGUAGCUGGUGCUCAGCCGCGGCGCAUAAUGCCCGUGAAUCUUCCUGACCUUACCGUGGCAGAGCAGGAUGAUGAAGGGCGGAGGUAUGACAGCUCCCAGGCCACGAAGGGGAAAUCGAAGAUAUAGGGUAGAGAUUGAGGCCCUUACCCAUAGCCCGUGAACACAAAUUCAUUAAACCCGCGUAGCCAUACGAGCUUUCCUUGCAUCGUCUUCCCUCCGUGCCUCGCUACGAGCCAAGAAGCCCUGGCGCUCGGCGUAGGAGUGCUUUGAUUUGCCAGCGAGCUUAAGCUCAUCCUGGAUGCCCUCCUUAUCAACGUAGCCAGCCCAAUCCAUGCGGCUCUUCUCGACUGUUGUGAGCUUCUUGGCGUUGGCAUCCUUUGCGAGAUCCCUGGCCUCCAUCCUGGCCGCUAUUCCUAGGUUCAGGUCUCUGCGAGACGCCAGCUGGUCCGAUAUUGGUUCGAAUGCAGAUCGGAAUGCCUUUUUGGGCCUCCUCCUUGGCUGAUCGCCGUUUUCUUCGGCUGCCUCUGGUGUCGCACCUUCUCCCAGAGACUCAAGAUAUAGCUUUGCCUCUGCGGAGUCUCGCGAAACGAGCUUUUCCUCCGUGUGAACCUUCCCGGCAAAGUUGUAUGUACGUUUUAUUUUGAUCAUUCGUGGAACCUGGGUAGUAGCUUCGGUGGUAGCUGUCUUGUCCGCAUCUCUAGCAUUGACUGUAGCACCUGCAGCGGCCUCGGCCUCGGUUGUAGAAUCUGCCUGACUGCUCACUGGAGCAGCAGAGGUUGGGUUAUUCAUCUGGGCCCAUAGUGCAUCGACGUCGACGGUGACAGGGCCAGAGACGGCAAUUGCCUUCCGCUCGGCUUUCUCUUGCGCUCGCUGACUGCGUGUCUUGAUCAAACCACCAUCACCACCCUCGUCCCCAUCCUGGUUCGCUUUCCUGACCUUCUUCUGCCGCUUUGUCUUGGCCUUCUCUAUAAUGGCCUCGUCUCCAGAGUUUUCGAAACCGACAUCUUGUGGUUCGUCGUCGUUAGCGUUCCGCUUGCGCUUGGGCGCAGUCGCAGGUGCAACGUCUGGCGGCACAUCCUCGUCGUCGGAAUCGUCAGGUGAGGAUUCGCGGGCUGCGGUAUCUUCUGGCGCAAAAUCAGAGUCUUCGGAAGACGCGUAUUCUUCCUCAACUCCAGGGUCGGGGAGAAUGAUCGCCGUAUCCGCCAUGACGAAGAAGUUGAAUAGGAACAAAUUUUGUUGAUACUAACAGUCUGCUACGCACAGGCUAA